GCCGGCGGCUCGCAGCCCGAGGCGCCUCAGCUCCUAGAGCCCCGCGCCGCUGCACCGGCUGCCACUCUCGAGGGGCCGUGUGUGUGUGUUGGGAGAAGUGGGGUGGGGAUGGCCGCAGCGGGGUCUAGGAGGCCGAGCUCGUAGGGGAGGGCGUCAUGGAGGCAGAGCAGCGGCCGGCUGCGGGGGCCGGCGAAGGGGCGACCCCUGGGCUGGACGUGGCGCCGUCCGCUGCUUCGGCGCCUUCGGCCGCGGCCUCAGGUCCGAUCCCUGGGGCUGCGCCCGAGCCUAAGAGGAGGCAGCUCGGGACACUGCUCCAGCCCACGGUCAACAAGUUCUCUCUGCGAGUGUUCGGCAGCCACAAAGCCGUGGAAAUCGAGCAGGAGCGGGUGAAGUCAGCCGGGGCCUGGAUCAUCCACCCCUACAGCGAUUUCCGGUUUUACUGGGAUCUGAUCAUGUUGCUGCUGAUGGUGGGCAACCUCAUCAUCCUGCCCGUGGGCAUCACCUUCUUCAAGGAGGAGAACUCCCCACCCUGGAUUGUCUUCAACGUCCUCUCGGAUACUUUCUUCUUGCUGGAUCUGGUGCUCAACUUCCGCACAGGCAUUGUGGUGGAGGAGGGAGCAGAGAUCCUGCUGGCCCCGCGGGCCAUCCGUACACGCUACCUGCGCACCUGGUUCCUGGUUGACCUCAUCUCCUCCAUCCCUGUGGAUUACAUCUUCCUCGUGGUGGAACUGGAGCCCCGGCUGGACGCCGAGGUCUACAAAACAGCCCGGGCCCUGCGCAUUGUCCGCUUCACCAAGAUCCUCAGCCUGCUGCGGCUGCUCCGCCUCUCCCGCCUCAUCCGCUACAUUCACCAGUGGGAGGAGAUCUUUCACAUGACCUAUGACCUGGCCAGCGCUGUGGUUCGCAUCUUCAACCUCAUCGGGAUGAUGCUGCUGCUGUGCCACUGGGAUGGCUGUCUGCAGUUCCUGGUCCCCAUGCUGCAGGACUUCCCUCCCGACUGCUGGGUGUACAUCAACCGCAUGGUGAACCACUCCUGGGGCCGCCAGUACUCCCACGCCCUGUUCAAGGCCAUGAGCCACAUGCUGUGCAUCGGCUAUGGGCAGCAAGCACCUGUGGGCAUGCCCGACGUCUGGCUCACCAUGCUCAGCAUGAUUGUGGGUGCCACAUGCUAUGCCAUGUUCAUCGGGCAUGCCACUGCCCUCAUCCAGUCCCUGGAUUCUUCCCGGCGCCAGUACCAGGAGAAGUACAAGCAGGUGGAGCAGUACAUGUCAUUCCAUAAGCUGCCGGCUGACACGCGGCAGCGCAUCCACGAGUACUAUGAGCACCGCUACCAGGGCAAGAUGUUUGAUGAGGAGAGCAUCUUGGGCGAGCUGAGUGAGCCGUUGCGGGAGGAGAUCAUCAAUUAUACCUGCCGGGGCCUGGUGGCCCACAUGCCGCUGUUCGCCCACGCUGACCCCAGCUUCGUCACCGCGGUGCUCACCAAGCUGCGCUUUGAGGUCUUCCAGCCGGGGGACCUCGUGGUGCGUGAGGGCUCCGUGGGCAGGAAGAUGUACUUCAUCCAGCAUGGGCUGCUCAGCGUGUUGGCACGCGGUGCCCGCGAUACCCGCCUCACUGAUGGAUCCUACUUUGGGGAGAUCUGCCUCCUGACUCGGGGCCGGCGCACAGCCAGUGUGCGGGCUGACACCUACUGCCGCCUCUACUCUCUCAGUGUGGACCACUUCAACGCUGUCCUCGAGGAGUUCCCCAUGAUGCGCCGGGCCUUUGAGACCGUGGCCAUGGAUCGACUGCGUCGUAUUGGCAAGAAGAAUUCCAUCCUGCAGCGGAAGCGCUCGGAGCCGAGCCCGGGCAGCAGUGGUGGCCUCAUGGAGCAGCACUUGGUGCAACACGACAGGGACAUGGCUCGAGGGGUCCGGGGCCUGGCCCCAGGCACAGGAGCUCAGCUGAGUGGAAAGCCAGUGCUGUGGGAGCCCCUGGUGCACGCACCCCUGCAGGCAGCAGCUGUGACCUCCAACGUGGCCAUUGCCCUGACUCACCAGAGAGGCCCUCUGCCUCUCUCCCCUGACUCCCCAGCUGUCUUCCUUGCUCGCUCUGCUCGGCGCUCAGCGGGUUCCCCUGCCUCCCCACUGGUGCCUGUCCGAGCUGGUCCUCUGCUGGUCCGAGGACCCUGGGCAUCCACCUCUCGCCUGCCUGCCCCUCCUUCCCGAACCCUCCAUGCCAGCCUGUCCCGGGCUGGCCGCUCCCAGGUGUCUUUGUUGGGCCCUCCCCCAGGGGGAGGGGGACGGCGGCUGGGACCUCGGGGCCGCCCCCUCUCGGCCUCCCAGCCUUCGCUGCCUCAGCGGGCAACAGGUGAUGGCUCUCCUGGGCGCAAGGGCUCAGGAAGUGACCGCCUACCCCCCUCAGGGCUCCUGGCUAAGACUCCAGGGACAGCUCAGUCCCCUAGGCCGCCACUGCCAGAGUCAGCCACUCCCCGGGGCCCCCAGCUCUCUGCCAACAUGUGAGAUCCUGGGAAGACUGGCCUUAGCUCUGGGGGUGGUGCGCAUGUGCCUGAGGGUCAGCGCCUCUGGGCGCAGGCCAAGGGGCCCUGAAACAACUCUAUGAAACUGUCUCCCCUCCAACCAUGAAGAUGUUCCCUGUGUCCUCAGCUCAGACCCCCUGCAGCUGUCUGACAUUUUCAUCUGUGCCCUGUUCCCCACUUCAUCAUAUGUUCUGAGUGCCUGCCCCAGCUCUGUGUGUUUCCACUGCCAAGUAGAAGUGACUUGAAGUCCUCCAAUGAGGGGAUGCCCCUGGCCAUGGUCCUGCCAGGUGCAGACCUAGGCCUGUGACCCCUCAUCUUGACUAAGCACAAGUACUCGCCACCACCAUCACUGCCAAGUAACUUAGGCAUCUCUGUGUCCCCACUGAUGAGAGCCCACAGGUUCUGCCUGGCGUGGUCAUCUUCCUCUGUCCCUCUAGCAUAGCUGGGCACUGCCAGUGUCCUGUGCCCACUGCUGCCAACAGAUGUCUUAGUUUCUGAGUGUGGGCACCUCCUCCCCUGUGCCCUCUUACUGCCACUUGUGGACCUCCUUCCUGUCCACACCUCCUCGUGAGGAUGCUAACCUGCUGCCCAGUUCCCUGCUAUCCAUCUCUGUGCUAGAACUGUCCUCCAGGAAGUGGACAGCCCCUUCUGCGCUGUGCCCCCAUCCUGCAGUGUUCCUCUUGAAGCUAAGGAGUAGCUGGCAUCUCCUUAGUGUGCAGUCUAGAUCCCCACCCCCUCCCCCAGGCGGGGUGGGGGAGCCAGUGUCUGCCUCCUUAUGUGACAUUGUGUUCUCUCCCUUGUUAUUUGUUUAUUCACGUGUUAAUUUAUUUACUCAUUUGCUAAUUUGAUUUCUCGUCUGUCUGUUCAUUUUGCCCACCCAUUCCUUUAUCUGCCCCCCCCUACUCCCACUCUCCCCCACCUGGCAGGGAGGAAGGAGGAGGAGCAGGAGGAAGCAGGGCCCCUCCACACCAGCUCUGGUGGUCCCUGCCCGAGUCUGACUCCAUCAGCCAUCAGCCGCAGUACUUGAACCCGCCCCCUUGCUGGGUGAGGGCAGGAGGGCCUGCCCCAGAGUGGGAGAGGGACCACUCUGAUCUCCAGUUUGAGUUUCCUUCUGAGUUUGUGCUGUUGGCGCAGGGGGAAA